AUGUUGUGUAAUCUGCCGUGCCGUAUCGUCCUGGUCGUGAUUAAUUCCAUCACAUUUAUUGUCGGAAUCGCACUACUUGCCGUUGGUGCAAUACUAAUUUGGGGCAAAGAUGCGUUAAGUAGUAUUCUGAGCAGUUUUGUCACGCCUCUGCUCAAAGUGAUCAAUGUAGGGGCGGACGCGACACAGAUAACCGAAUUGCUAUCACGGAUUUUGGGUACCACAGCUCCCUUUGGCAUGACGCUGUUGUGCUUGGGUGCUGCUUGUGCCAUCUUAUCAGUUAUCGGUUACUGUGGUGCCUGUUGCAAUUACAAAAUUGUACUGUACUUAUAUGCGGGGCUGAUUGGAGUGCUGGCAGCGGCCGUCAUUAUAAUUGUGAUUAUUUACUUUGCCAGACGCGAUGCGCUAGGGGAGUUCGCGGUUCAAAUGUUUGCGAAAAGCGUAAGCGCGUAUGUGUCCAUGGCGUCUAGCACUGCUGACAGCCUGAUCGUGGGACUGUUGCAACCCCCGUUGCAAUGUUGUGGUGUGGAUGGUCCAACGGAUUUUGUAAACAUGUCAAAGUCGGAUGUAUACAACGGACAAACCUAUAACAAUCUGCAGUUUCCGGUUCCGUGUUGUAUGAUGAACGACAAGUAUGUGAUCACGGGAGCCAAUUGCCCGAACAUGUUCACCACGGACAACAGUAACAUCAACCAGCCCUGUCGAGAGCCUUUGAAAGCAUUCUUUUUGAAGUACAUGAACUACCUGGCCUAUGGUCUAAUAGCAACGUUCGGCGUACUGGUAAGUGUGGUUUUUCUUGUUCCAUUUUAUCUUGCAGUACUUUAG